UGUUCCAGAACUGGUGCUGUUACCUUCAUUUAUCAUAUCAGCGUCCGCCCAUCCAACUCCAUUUUGUCCUGACAAGUGUGAACCAGAGAGGAUCAGGGUCGAUCGAUUGGUUCCAUUACUGGAUGUCUACACCCCUCAAAGGGUCAGGAGCUGGCGGAUUCGUGGAAGAGACUCCGGUUGGACGGGAGGUGGAAGGUCUCUGGAAAUGAGGAUCAAAAAGAGCAGCAGCAGUACAACGGGAUACUGGUGAUCUGUCCAACCAUUUUGUCAUGACUAAUGUGAACCGGAGAGGAUCAGUGUCGAUCGAUUGGUUCCAUUACUGGAUGUCUGCACUCCUCAAAGGGUCAAGAGGUUCUGCAGCCACCAAGAGCUGAUCCUGAGAGACGCCGGUCAUUUGAAAGUCAAUGUCUGAGCAGACAGAGAGCUUUUGUGAGCAGAUUUACAAUAGAGGUCUGAAAGCAGGAGGGGGGAGGACGUGAAUUUACCUGAGACCGUAUAAAAACCUGGUCCAGGUGUAGAGGUGUUGUAGAGCCAUGAGGAUCCUCUGACAUCCAGCUGGUUGAAGACUCUUCCUCCCAUCAGUUUCACACCAUGGCUUCUGUUGGUGCUCUGCUGAUGCUGCUGCCUGUUGCAUGGACGUGUUCUCCACAAAAAGCAGACUACGUCAUGGUGUCGUGUUUCCCCAACGCCAUCAUUGCCAACGUCCCGGAGUGUCCGUACGGUUGGGAGAUCGAGCAGCUGUCUCUGGGUGGCGUCUGUUACACCGGAAUCCACAGUCCGGGCUAUUAUCGCUUCAUCAUCCCCGACCUGACGCCCAGAAACCACUCCUACUGUGGCACUCAGUCUGAGUACAUGCCCGGCAAAGACCCCAAGUACAUCUUCUACAACUCCAUCGUGUCCAAUGACACGUCUCUGACGGUGAGGAACCAGCCGGUGAACUACACCUUCAGCUGCAUGUACCGAGCAGCCUACCUGGUAAAUAACGCCGUGUUCAGCCAGAGAGUGGCUACAGUUUAUGUCAACAAUGGGAGUUUAGGCACUUUUAGAUCACAGUUGUCUAUGAACGUGUUCACGAAUUCAAAGUUCCUGUACGCUAAAGAUGCUCCGUACGUGAUAGAUACUUCUGAGAUCGGCUCUGAAGUUUUUAUCGGCAUCGAGGCUAAAGGUCUAAGUAACAGGUUUAAAGUUGUUAUCAGCAACUGCUGGGCGACUCCGACUCCGUAUUCUACAGACAGGAAGAGAUGGAGCCUCAUCAUCAACAGCUGCUCCUCUGACAACACUGUGACUAUUUUUGAAAACGCUAAAGACAGUCGCUCCAUGUUCAAGUUCAACUCGUUCCGGUUCCAGCGGCUGGAGAAGGUCUCCACCGUCUGGCUUCACUGUGAGGUUCAGGUCUGUGACGGAGAACGACUCGUCUGUCAGCCGAGCCCCUGCAAUGUCAGAAGUCAGUCAGCGGACAUCGACCCGAGUGGAGGGAUUCUGACCGCUGAGUUUCACAUUAAAGGUAUCGGAUCUUCCAAUAACGGACACAUAACAGGAACCUCUCUACUGAUGCUGCUGCUGGUCCUCAUAAACUCCUGUUGUGAUUUAAUAAAUGGAUCCAGAAUGUAGAGAAACUUCUCCUUAUUCAAACCAGAGGGGAAUAUCAGCCAGGACUCAGGGAGCGUUUCCUCCUCCACACAUUAACAUCAUGAUCCUCUCACAUCUGAUUCACGUUUAGCCCGUUUACGGAUGCUUUAAAUGAUCUUACGUAAAGUUAAACACAUUAUUUCACUGCUUUCUCCAAUAAAGAUUCACUGGAAAAUUCAAACAAACAA